CUCGAGCCGGGUCCUGGACCUCCCGAGCGGGCAGGGGGCGGUGGCGCGGCCCGCUGGGUCCGGCUGAACGUGGGCGGCACCUACUUCGUGACCACCAGACAGACCCUAGGCCGGGAGCCCAAGUCUUUUCUCUGCCGCCUCUGCUGCCAGGAGGACCCGGAGCUGGACUCAGACAAGGACGAGACAGGGGCCUAUCUGAUUGACAGGGAUCCUACCUACUUUGGUCCAAUCCUAAACUACCUCCGCCACGGGAAACUCAUCAUUACAAAGGAGUUGGCAGAAGAAGGUGUGCUGGAAGAGGCAGAGUUUUACAACAUCGCGUCUCUCGUGCGACUGGUUAAGGAAAGGAUACGGGACAAUGAAAACAGAACUUCACAAGGCCCCGUGAAGCACGUGUACAGAGUCUUGCAGUGCCAGGAAGAGGAGCUGACGCAGAUGGUCUCCACCAUGUCUGACGGGUGGAAGUUUGAGCAGCUAAUCAGCAUCGGCUCUUCCUAUAACUAUGGAAAUGAGGAUCAGGCAGAAUUCCUCUGUGUCGUCUCCAGAGAACUAAAUAAUUCUACCAAUGGCAUUGUCAUAGAGCCGAGUGAAAAGGCCAAGAUUCUUCAGGAGAGAGGAUCUCGGAUGUGAACUCCAGAGUCCUAAACGUCAAGAGAGCCGCCCAGCAGAGCACCUCUGGGAAGUGAAACCUUGCUCCUGUACAGUAACCGAGCUACUGCAAAGCAAAGCUGAGCCUGGUCCCCGGUAGAGUGUGUUCUGGUCAAAACCAAAGGAACCCCACCCCCACCCACAGGAACCUGGAGACAGAUGCAGCUUCCGGCUGCAGAAGACCUUUUCAGAGACCUGCUUUUGUUUUCUUAGCCAGUUUUCCACCAAAUCUUCACAGCAGCUUCUGGGCCAGGUUCCCCAUUGGAACCCUGAUGGGGGCCUGGGGGCGGGGGAGGGGAAGGAGAAGGCCUAGCUCCUUGUAUGAGCCUGUACUUCAAGGAGGCUGCAGCAAACGGAAAAGGAUUGUCCCUGAGCUGCACCAUGUUUUCACCUGAGUGUGCCACGGUAGGUGUUGGCAGCUCUCAGGAACACUGUCAUUCCCUUCCUUUUGUGCACCCCGGACAAGUGUAGCAGAUGCAGAGAAUUCCGGCUUCCAUUUGUCGAACUGAGCUGAGGUUUUGGCUAAAGAGUUGCUGGAGUACCCCACAUUCCUAUGAACAGAGCCUCUUUUGAGGAAGGGCGGGGGAGCUGUCCUUGCUUAUGGCUGGGGCUUGGGGGUUGCUGCUCGGGGCGUGGGGCAUUCAGCUGCUGCCGCAUUCAGCUCUGCCUUGUCUCCAGCAGCCUGGACCCACCACGUAGCUUACUUUCUCCCCAAGAAGAGGUUGAGGCAGGUGGCAUCCUGCACGGAAUCAGACAGACAGAUGGGAGCUUUAGGUAGUUGGUAUAACUGCUUCUGUAGCCUUUUCUUACCCUCCAUUGGCCUGUCUUCCUUCCCCAACCUUUCAAACUGGAAUAAAGGGACUUUGGACCCUUAAUGGCACGGGGUGGGGAUGGCUAUUUCUUUGCCAAACGUGUUACGUUGUAGUAUCCAAAGUGUUAUUUCUGUGAUCGUCUCUUGGAAAUGCCUUGACUGAACGUGC